UAAAUAAACUGUUUGAAGGAAUACGAGAUCAGCCAUGGAGUCGUUAAUAUGUCGUGUUUGCAAGUUGAGUGAUGAAAACAUGAUCAACAUCUUUGACGAUGUAAAGGAAUCGCGGGUUUCCAUUGCGACUUUAGUUUUCCAGUGGAGUGGCCAUCAAGUGGAGAAGGACGAUCUACUUCCCAAGACCAUUUGUAGGUCCUGUCUGCAGGAUGCCCAAAAGGCAUAUGAAAGGAAUCAUGAGCUUAUAGAUGACCCUCUUGAUAAUAUAGUCGGCGUAUUAGCAAACUGCCAUGACGAAGUAUCAAAUAGCGUCCAAGUUAAAGAAGAAUUACUCCAAGCGGAGAUAGAACCACCUGAAGAGAAGUUCCCAUGCCAUGUGAAGAACGAGCCACUUGAGGAAGAGCCACUUUCCGAGGAACAAUACUGUGCUACUUUCGAAACCGACUUUAAUCAGUUCGAUUCCCUAGUAAAGAUAGAGCAUAAUUUGCUGGGAGAAGAUCAAGAUGUGGAUUGCCAGCCGGGUAUUAAUGAUGAUGAUAAUGAGGACUAUGAGCCGGCUAUAACUGAUGGUAAAAACGAGGACUAUGAGUGGGGUAUUGAUGAUGCUGAUGAUGAAGACUACGAGCCUGUUGAUGAUGCGGACUACGAGCCGAAUGGUAACGAUCAAACCGACAAUGAACGUCCGCAUAAGUGUCCUUAUUGUCCAAAGAGUUUCACAAAUAAAUCAGGACUUGGACCACACCUGAAAACCCACAAUGGCGAACGGCCAUUCAAAUGCACCCAUUGCGCAAGAACUUUUACCCGCAGUACCAAUCUAAGGCGCCACUUGCUAACACACUCCGCAGAACGACCCUUCAGGUGUUCUCUCUGCUCGAAGAGCUUCCAGUUUAAACAAUAUGUUAGAGAUCACAUGCGAAUCCACUCGGAUGAACGACCAGUGCUCCCACUGCUCAAGGUCUUUUAUCCAGCACUCCAAUCUUAAGCAGCACCUGCUUAGGCACACAGAACAAAGGUCGAUCCAGUGCCCCCACUGCCCAAGGACUUUUCCCACGGAACUACAUCUUAAGAGACACUUGCUAAAGGUUUCAGGAGAACGUCCUUUCAAGUGUUCCCUCUGCCCAAAGUCUUUCUUAACUAAAGCACAUCUCAAGUCUCACUUGAAACUACAUAGAGAACGACCGUUUUCGUGCUCCUUCUGCAAAAGGAUGUUCAAAACUGUUGAGAAACUUCAGAGGCACUUGGACACCCAUACGGUGCAUCAGACAUUCGAGUGUUAUCACUGUUCUAAGACUUUUCCUGAGCCUGGAAGUCUAAGGCGGCACAUGGUCCUGCACCCAGUAGAACAAGCCUGCGAUGAUCGCUGAGGGGCUGUCCAUAUAUUACGUAGUCAUAGUUCAACCGCUUCGUGAUAUCUUGAUCAUUUAGAACAAUUAUCGGAGUUCUUUAGCAAAUAAUAUAUGUAAAUUUAUUGGUGCCACAAGAUAUUUCUAUGAAUAUUAUAUUUUUAUACUAUUAACGGUCUCUGGUUUAAGAAUUUGAAA